UGUGGACGAUAUUGAUUUAUUUCCUGGUGGCAUGUCGGAAAAUACUGUAAGGAACGGGCUUAUAGGGCCUACUUUUGCCUGCAUCAUUGGGAGGCAGUUUAUGGAUCUGAAAAAAGGAGAUAGAUUUUGGUAUGAGAACGGUGGACCAACUAGUUUAACAGAAGAACAGGUAGAUGAGAUCAGAGCUCAGACAAGUCUGCCACGUAUUAUCGCGGACACCAGCCCCACCAUCAGCGCAAUGCAAGCAAAUAUCUUCAGUCGGAUUUCAACUCAGAACCUCAUCGGCGACUCAUCAAAUCUUCCCGUAAUGGAUCUACGUGUAUUCGCUCCCCGUGCGAUACUGAGGUCAUCCGGAUCGCGUGGCGGUGGCGCCACCUUCGGCGGUGUCGGCCGCAGCUUCCAUCCACGCUACGACAGCAACACGGAGUACUUCGCACGCAUCAACAACCUCGGACCGUUCCCGUCAUUUGGUCCUUUCGGUGGACCGGGACCCGAUCUCUUCGAACCGGAUCGUGCGUUUGUGGGAGUUAACAGACUGCGGCAGCGAUUCCAAGGAGGCUUUCAAAACGGAGCAGCAUUCAACCAACCGAACGCGUUUCGAGGUGGCCGCAAUCCGCAGGCGUUCUCCAACUUCCAAGGCAACCAGUUCAAUGGUAACGGAUUCGCAGUGAAUGGAUUUCAGAACGGGAACGGCUUUGCCGGCAACGGCCCCGCACAAUUUCGAGGCGGGUUCCAAAAUGGUUUUCGGCCCAUAAGCCAACGGCGGAGAGUAAAUGAAGUAAUCAACCGUGGAUUCGCCGGCAUCGAAAAUAGGGUGAUUUCCUCCAGGUUCGGCGGCUUCGGAGGAGCGUCCGGCUCGUCCUUCCCGCUCGGUGCCGUAGUGUACGGCAAUUAUACCCGCCCAGCCGUGCAGCAGGUCUCUUACGGCGCAUCGGUAAAGCCAUACAGAUCAAGGUCACGGCCGCCGUUAUCAUAUCAAACAUUCCCGCAGCCGCAGCGCCGCCUGUCCGUCCCACCGCCGAGGGUGAACCGGAGGCAGCCAGUGCAACCCUACGAUCAAAAUGGCCGCGUUAGUGCGCUGCGUCGGCAAGGGCAGAAUAUUCGGCAGCGAUACGCGACGAACCCCUAUCGUCGACACCGUCCGAGGGCGUACUCUGUUAAUAGAGUUCCGUAUUCCUCGCAAUCGUUUCAGUCGUACAACGGCUACUACUAACAAAGCGGCAGAAAGCACAUCUGUGUCACGGCCGCGCGCGCUCAGCGCAGAGACUAUGCUAACAGAUUCCCAGCGCUUUAUCGAUCUAUCCCGGAAUCCAUGACACCAUUAAUGUUAUUCCCACAAGGAUAAUCGCACCACGCAGUGGUGCGCAGGAUCGGAUAACUUGGAAAACGCGGAUAGAGUGUGAUCGAGAUCGGAAGAUGUCGGAUCGCGAUUUUAGAGGAUAAUAUGUGAUUAACGUUAAUCCGUCGCGUAAUUAUAAGCUCUUGGGCGCAGUUUCCUGGAGCUGUAACAUGUGAUUUGCAUAAUUACAUUGACACUUACUAAUCGACUUGUAUAGCGGUUGAAUAGUGAUGCGAAUUAGCAGCUACGAUAUAACGAUCGGAUUGAGUUUCCAAGUUUUUCACUGAAUCCUAAUCGGCUUCUUAAUUACCUAACCAGUGUAAAGACAAUUGUGUAAUACCGAUAUCACGUGAUUGCAAUUGCACACUGCUAGACAAUCAAAUCUAUUCGCGUUAUGCGAGUUUAUGCGUUUAUGCGUUAUGCGUGUUUUUUUAUGGGGGCUACGGCCAUUCCGUCUUUCUUGUAUAGGACGCUAAGUAUGCACCAUAUAUCUCAGAAGCCAUUCCACCCAUCUCUAACACCUAUCUCAUCCAUCUCCUAGUCCAUCCCAUCACUCUUAGACCACAUAGUCCACCACAUGAACCACAUCAUUUAAUGAAUCAGUUCAUCCAUCUCAUAUAGCGUCGCUUUGUCUAUCGCAUAGAACAGUCAGUCACAAGCACAAUUGUUAAACGCACACCUUCUUUUACGCCCGGCCUUACCAUUUCUUUACUUGAGUCAAAUUACUCACGUGUGCGCCGGGCUUAAAGCCCGAGCUUGAGCAAUAAGUAUAGCAUUGAGUAAUUUUAAGAUGGUUAAGCAUCAUUAUUACCAUCAAAUGACAAUCAUAUUAACGUCGUCAGGGUUCACUUAUAAGAGCCUAUAUAUUUCAAUGUCAUUCAUUUGUUGUUUGUGCCAGAGAAAAAAAAAACGAGAAAAAAUUUUGUUUACUGUCUAGUGAGCAGUUGCAGCCAUUCGUCUCGUUUAUUGCCCGUACAGUAGGUUUUCAUAUUUAUUUAUUUCCGAGCUUAUCGGUAUAGUUAAGUGCUGCCUUCUCAUUCUUGUUUUCACAACAUCGUUGUUAUCAAUGUGUUUAUGUUAAUAAUUAUUCACUGUUUAUUUUCACCGA